CUGAGUAAACAGUCAUUCAUCUCAACUAUAUAAAGGCUGGCCAGACCUAGAAGGGACCAUGAAGCAACUCCAGGGAACCAGAGAGAGAGAAGCCAGAAGACAUCGACCAACAUUUCUCACACACUCAACAGAGGGAAUACAGGAGGUCAAAAGAUGAAAAGCACCCACUCUUUCGCUGGACUUCUGCUCUUGAUCAUUGUUCAGAGCAGCUGGCAGAUCCCGCAGGAGAGCACAGAGGACAACUCUAGCCUGUUGACAGAGGACUCCAUGUUCAGUGAGCCAAGGGAGCUUUCAAACAUGAAGAGACAUUCAGAGGGAACAUUCUCUAACGACUACAGUAAAUAUCUUGAGUCGAGACGAGCACAAGACUUUGUCCAGUGGCUAAUGAACUCCAAGAGAAGUGGUGGUCCCAUCAAACGGCAUGCAGAGGGUACCUACACCAGCGACGUGAGCUCCUACCUGCAGGACCAGGCAGCCAAGGAGUUUGUGUCCUGGCUAAAGAAUGGCCGAGGCAGACGAGAAUAGGGCUGCUCUGCUCAGCCACAGAGUCCCCAGUGUCUUAUGUCCCUGCAGUCAAGAGAGAAUGCAACUCAUCCAGAAUGACCCCCUUGUUCCAUUUCAUGUUUUAUAACCUGCAUCGUC